AUGAAAAAAAAACAUUUUUUUCAUGUUGUUGAAAACGACCUAUCUUUAUCAAAUGAUAAUUCUUUUGAUUUUUCUAAUAAUUCUAAUAUAGACAAUGAAAGUAAAGUAAAAAAGGAAAAUAAUUUUUCCGAUGAAAAUGAAUAUAUUGAUUUUUCGGAUGAUAAGUCUAAUAAUAUUACUAAAAGAAAUGCUUUGAAUUUCUUAGGUUUAAAUAAAAAAAAAUUAGAAAAUUUUAAUUUUAAUAAAGAAAUAAAUGAAGGCACUAAUAAUGCACGUAUAAGAAAUACAAAGCAUAAAAUUUGCAAUUUAAGUGAAAAGUUAUUUUCUGAAAAAACAAAGUGUAAAAAUGAAAAUAAUAGCAACUUAACUUAUGCUAUCAAUGAUAAUUUUGUCUUUAAUUCAAGGCAAAUUAAUAGAAAUAUUAAUGAAGAUAUUUACAAAAAUAAUCAAAGUAAUAAUAAGGAAUUUUAUUGCAUGAAACAUAUAAUUCAUAAUAACUUAAAUAAUAAUUAUGAUAAAAAUGAUAUUAAGGUUUUCAACAUUUAUCAUAAUAAUAGAGCUGAAUGCUUAUUUAAUGAUGUGAGUGUAAUAAAAUUCUAUGGGUAUAAGAAUAUCUGUAUUUAUGAAAAUAAAAAUUACAUAUAUAGAGAAAUUAAUAAUAAAUUAUUUCAACAUAAAAAUAAAACAGAAAUGUCUUCAUUUAAUCCAGAUAGUGAUAUUUAUGAGUACAUUUACAACAAUAAAAUGAAAUUAAAAAAUGAUAAUAAUGAAAAUGAUGAUAUUCAAUGUUUUCAAUUUUAUAUUCAUAAAUAUCCUUCUUUUUUAAAAGAAAAAAUAAAGAUAUUUGUUCAUAUAUACAAUAUGUUUAGCAUAUAUCCAUAUAUUAAUCAUAAAUUUAUUGAAGAAGAAUUGUAUUCAAAAAGUCUAAAAAUUCUUUAUUCUCCUGAAAAAAUUUUAAAUAUUAAAUGGAAGUUUUUUGAGAAAAAAGAAUUAAAAAUUAUUUUAAAUGAUAUUAUAAUAAAUAAAAAGGAAUAUAAUUUACAAGAAAAUUUUGUAAAAAUUAAUGAUUUUAUUUAUAUUAAUUUUUUAACACAAGAAAUAAAAAUAUGUGAUAUAAAAAGUAUGAAAUUUAAUAAUUAUAUAAUUUUAAAUGGGAAUGGAUUAUGUUUUUCAGCUUACUAUUAUUUAAUUGUUCCUUAUCAUAGAUGUAUUAAUGAAAAUGAGAUAGAUAAAAAUAAUAAUUAUAAUUUCAACUAUGAAUAUAUUUUUUUAUCACAAUUAUUUAAUAUUUAUGACAAUUUUAACAUAUGCUUUUUGUACCCACUAUUUAUUGCUUACUUUUUUUAUUAUCAUUUAUUUAUUAAACAAAAAGUAAAUAUAGCGUCUUCUUUUUAUUAUCAUAACAUAUCAUUAGAAGAAAACUUAAAUAAAAAAAAUAAAACAAACGUGCAAUACAACAAUAAUAAUGAAGAAUCAUAUAUAAAUCAUUUAAAUGAUAUAUAUAUAAAAUUAACGAAAUGCUAUAAAAAAAUAAUUAUUGAUUCAGAAAAUCAAAAUAUAAAAAUAACCGAUAACAUUAUCGAAUUUUUAUUGCCUGAAAGUUGUUACAAAAAUUUUGAAAAUGUAGAAUUUCUUUGUAAAAAUACUCAUAAUCUUUCCUUAAUGUACAUCAUGUGUAUAAACAAAUAUAAUUUGGAUAGCAAGAAAUUAUUAAAUAACGAUGAUUAUAAUGUUGAAUAUAUGAAUUUAAAUAAUAAUAUAAAUAGUAAUAAAACUUAUGAUACUACUUUUAAUAAUCUUAAAAAGGACUUCAAUAAUAUCACAGAUGAUAUAAGAAAAAAGGAAAGAGAAGAAUAUUAUGAAAAAGUACUGUGUUUUAAUGAAAUUAAAGAGAUCAUUAAUUUGAGGAAUAUAUUCCCAGAAGACAAAAAAUUUUAUUUUAAUACAUGUAAUAAAAUUGAUAAUAUUAUAAAAAUUAGCGUAAGAAAUGAUGGAAUUUGUUUUUUUUAUAUGAAAAAUAUAAGUGAAUAUUUAUUUUUUUCAUUCUUUAUAAUAUUCAAUUCCUUAGAAAAUCUUUUCCUAUUAAUGAAUAAAAAAAAAACUGAAAAUAAUAACAAAUAUUUUGAAACGGAAGAGAAAUGUAUUUUAUCUGUUUUUAAUAACACUUCUGUGAAUUUAAGUAAAGAUGACCAAGAAAGAGAUGAAAUUAAAAAAUUAAGUUCUUAUGGGUUAAAUUAUAAUUUUUACAACAGUAGUGAUAAUAAUAUAUUGAAUAAUUUUAAUGAUACAAUUAAAAAUUAUUCAAACAAUCAUAAUUUUAAAAGUAUUUCAAGUAAAAUAUCGAGUUUUGUAAAUAUAAGCAAGAUAUUUGAUAUGAGUAACAUAAAAAAUAUAUAUAAUGACUUUUAUAUUUGUGAAAAUAAAAAAAUAAAUUCCUUUAAAUUAAUUAAUAUAAUGAAUAAAGAAAAAAAAAAAAUUUUAGUUCCAUAUUAUUUCAAUAAGAAUGAGUUAACUCAAUUAUUUUUCUUAAGAUUAUCAAAUAUACAUAUAUACGAUAUAAAUACACAACUAAAUAAAGUUUUCGAAUAUAUAGAUUAUAAUAAUGAAACAUUCACACCCUUUCUUAAAAACUAUGAAAAUUAUGAUAUGAACGUUCAAUUAGAUUUAUUAGAAAAUAUUUAUACCAUAAAUGAUGAAAUAUAUUUAUUAUAUUCUAAGAAAAUUAACUAUACUCAUGAUAUUUAUAAAUACAAUUAUUUAUAUGUAAAAAAUUAUCUAUUGAAAAAUUACAUUCUUUAUUAUAACAUUUAUUUUAACAUAUGUGAUGAAUUAAAAAAGAACAAAUAUUACAAAUUAAAAUAUACGAAUAAAAAUAAAGAAACUAUUUCUAUUCAUUUCACUGUUUGUUUUAAUUAUGUAUGUGAUAAAAUAAACUUUCAUUUUCAAUUAAAACCAUUAUAUUAUAUAACUCAUGUUGAAAAAAACACAGAUGAAUACUUUGAAGAAAAAAAUUAUAUUUCUUUUAUUAGGAAUUAUGUAAAUAGCAAAUAUGUUGCUUAA